AUGGCGAAGUGUGUGUUCAGACAUGUGGAGGAGCAUGCACUUGUUCCUGCAAGCGCAGGUCGUAACCUGAAGGAGUGGCUGCGGGAACAGUUUUGCGACCACCCCAUCGAGCACUGCGAGGACACCCGGCUGCACGACGCGGCCUACGUGGGGGACCUGCCCACCCUGAAGAGCUUGCUGCAGGAGGAGAGCUUCCAAAGCCGGAUCAACGAGAAGUCGGUGUGGUGCUGUGGCUGGCUGCCCUGCACGCCGCUGCGCAUCGCUGCCACCGCCGGCCACGGCCCCUGCGUCGACUUCCUCCUCCGCAAAGGGGCCGAGAUUGACUUGGUGGACGUGAAGGGGCAGACCGCCCUCUACGUGGCUGUGGUCAAUGGGCACCUCGAGUGUGCCAAGAUCCUCCUGGAAGCUGGGGCUGACCCCAAUGGCAGCCGGCACCACCGCAGCACCCCUGUCUACCAUGCAGCACGCGUGGGCCGGGCAGACAUCCUCCGGGAGCUGAUCAGGUAUGGUGCAGACGUGGAUGUGAAUCACCACCUCACUUCCCGGGUCCCCAGCCUUUCCCUGCGGCCCCUCACCACGCUGGUGGUCUGCCCGCUGUACAUCAGCGCUGCCUACCACAACCUCCAAUGCUUCCGGCUGCUGCUCCAGGCAGGAGCCAACCCGGAUUUUAACUGCUGUGGGCCCAUCAACAUCCAAGGCUUCUCCCGGGGCUCACCGGUGUGUGUGAUGGACGCUGUCCUGCGGCAUGGCUGUGAAGCGGCAUUCGUCCACCUCUUGAUUGACUUUGGAGCCAAUCUGAACCUGGUGAAAGUGGAGGCUGUGGGAGUUGAAUCCACGGGAAGGGUCAAAGUCAACCCUGAGGCUCUGCAGGUGUUCAAAGAAGCAAGGGGCCGCACCCGGAGCCUCUUGUCUCUCUGCCGCAUAGCUGUACGAAGAAUACUUGGCAAAUCUCGUCUGGAUCUGAUCCAUAUCCUUCCAAUCCCAGACCCCAUUAAACAAUUUUUACUUCACGAACACAGUUAAAGGGCAACUGGCUGCUUUCCGGAACAGUUCGAUUUGGUAAAUGAGUGCGCUGAUAAGGCCAGGUGCCAAUCCUACCCCUUCCCCCA